AUGGUUAAUAUGUUUAUGAAUAUAACUCUGAAAUGGGAGGACAUGUGUGGCCCUUCGGGGCUUCUCGUUUGGAACGACGACAUCAAAGAUUUUGGCCUAUGUUUUCAAGAACUAUUUCUACAGAUCCCUGUUUACUUUUUGCUGGCCAUUAUAUCAGCAUAUUAUGUAGGAUACAGAAGAGAUUGGGUGAUAAGAGAAAAACCUCAAGAGCGAGUAAUAAUGCUCCGUAGUUUUAUCAUUCUAGCGUUAGCCAUAACUCCCAUAAUACAACUCUAUGUUUACCUUACAACUCCAAAUGUGGAAUUGUACCCGAUAGAUUACUUUACUGCAGGUGCAUCCUGUUUAGCAUGGCUGGUACAUUUUGGUUUUGCAUUGGCUUUAAAACAUCGCUUAGGACACAGUUCCAGAGGACCAUUAAGUAUUUUAUUACUUUGGAGUGGAAUAGUUAUUUUAAAUAUGAUAGAGUUAAGAAGUACUCUUUUAAAUGGCGAUCCACCAGCCUACAGCAUUGCAACUCUUUGCUGUCAUGUCCUCUAUUUCCUGACCCUCCUACCUGCCAGUGAUUCCAGACCAACAUUUUAUUCACCAUGGCUUGUUGGUUCCCAAAGAUCUCAAAGUGAAUACACACCUUUAUUGCCACAUAUUGAUGAAGGUAUUUUAGGAACGGCCAUGCAAGGGGCUCAUUGGCUCUCCAAACUAACAUUUUCAUGGGUAGAUCCCCUAUUUAAAAAAGGUUUGGACAACAAGUUGAAUGAUCUUGAAGAACUUUAUGAUAUACCUGCCACAUAUAAAUGCUCAUAUGUAGGGGCAAGAAUUGACAGGGCUCUCAUUGGUAACGUUGAUAAUCACCAACAAUUUGUAGAGGUACCACAUGAACCAUUUAUAGGAUCUGGAGGCUAUGGCACAAUUGGUGAAACUCAGCCUCAAGCCUCCACACCUGUUACACCAGUAUCCAGAAUAUUACUUCGCCCCCUUCGACGACAAAACAUCUCUUUAAUAAGAGCUCUGCACAAAUGUUUUGCUCUCCAGUUUUAUGGAAUUGGUGUUUUUAAACUGUGUUUUGACAUGGCUGGAUUUGCGGGGCCCAUUCUGCUUAACAAAUUGGUUAAAUUUGUUGAAGAUGAAAGUAUUGACCAACAUUAUGGGUAUAUUUAUGCCUCAUCUUUAAUGGCUUCUGCUCUCAUUGCUGCAUUUUGCAACUGCCAUUUUAAUUGGCUAAUGUCCAUAAUUGGGAUAAAAAUGCGCGGAGCUAUAGUGUCGACAAUACUAAGAAAAACUCUAAGUGUGACACAGACUGAACUAACAGAUGCAUUUUCUUUCGGAGAAAUUACAAAUUUCAUGUCCACUGACACUGAUCGGAUUGUUAAUUCGUGUCCAAGUUUUCACGCCUUAUGGAGUAUACCUUUACAAUUAGUCAUAACACUAUUCCUUCUCUAUGAUCAAGUUGGUGUGUCGUUUCUGGCUGGAGUUGGAUUUUCCGUUAUUUUAAUACCUGUAAACAAAAUUAUUGCCAAUAAGAUUGGAAAAUUAAGUACAGAGAUGAUGAAGUACAAAGAUGAGCGUGUGAAUUUAAUAUGUGACCUUAUAAGAGGAGUGAGAACAGUCAAGGCACAUGUUUGGGAAGACUAUUUUAUUAAUAGAGUGUCAGGGGCUCGAAGUCAGGAACUGCGCUAUCUUCGCGGACGGAAAUACUUGGACGCAAUAUGCGUGGUGUUAUGGGCCACCACUCCAGUGCUGGUCGCCGCUCUUACGUUGGGUACACACGCCCUGCGAGGUCAACCACUUGAUGCGCCUACCGUAUUCACGACAGUAGCGCUAAUCAACAUGCUUAUAGCGCCUUUGAACGCGUUUCCAUGGGUGCUUAAUGGACUUACGGAAGCCUGGGUAUCUAUAAAACGCAUUCAAAAACUCUUAGAUCUCUGUGACAUGGAUCCAGAACGAUUCUACGAGAAAUUAAACAAAAAUCGUGACGAAGACAAGGUUAUUAUUUUGAAUAAGGCAACCUUUGUUUGGACCAAAGCUUCUGUGAAAAGGGUGAAGCCGAAGAAAAACAAAGGAAAAUCUAAGAAGAGGCUUUCAAAGCGAAACGUUCAAGAGAUCGAGUCGUCCUCCGAAUUCAUAACAGAGGAAACUGGAUCGUUUUUAAUUGAAGAUAUUUCUUUGGAAGUCGGUCGUGAUGAAUUUAUUGGUAUAGCUGGGCCCGUGGGCAGUGGAAAGACCUCUCUACUACUCGCCAUUAUGGGUGAAAUGAAAAAAUCGCAGGGAAAAAUACAUAUACCAGAGAAUCUUAAUAGUUUCGGUUACGCGUCGCAACAGGCGUGGUUGAUUCGCGGCACGAUCCGCGACAAUAUCCUCUUCGGGAAGCCCUACGACGAGACCAAGUUCCGAGCCAUAGUGGACGCGUGUGCCCUCACAGAAGAUCUAAAUCAAUUGGGCUGGAAUGCAUAUGCUGGAGAAGGAGGCUGUACUUUAAGUGGUGGACAGCGUGCCCGUAUUGCGUUAGCGCGUGCCGUUUAUCAGGACAAGCAAGUUUACUUACUGGACGAUGUGCUAUCCGGUUUGGAUGCAACCGUGGCUCAACACAUAAUGCAGAAAUGUAUAUUGGGCUAUUUGAAACACACGGCCCGUAUACUUGUGACACACUCGUCUCGCCAUCUCGCUCGCACAAGCCGCGUGGUCCUUAUGCGAGAUGGACGCAUACAUGCAAUAGGUUCACCAGAGGCGGUCUUAAACGAGGUAGAAGAAUUUCUGCCCUGUGAAACCGAGUCUAUUGGAGAAGAAACUACCCUUCCUGACCCAGACUAUGCUAUAGCUACAGAUAUGGAAGAUACCGUGAGCAGAAAUAGCAUUGACAAUGAUGAAGCCAUGUCAGUUGGCACAGUCGGCUGGUGGGUGAUCUGGAUGUAUUUACGCUCAGUUGGAUCAUUUCUGACCUUAUGCAUCAUAAUAUCCCUCAUAUUGAUGCAACUGUCCCAAAACUUCACCUUCCUCUGGCUCACCUUCUGGAUAAAGAGCCGAUCCGGCAAUUACACGACCCUCGAAAUAGCUGAUGUCCACGAAAAGACAACGGCUGUAGACCAUGGCUUCAACGCGGCUGAUCAAUUCGUGCAUACAAUACUGAAUUUGUCGUUGUCGGUUAUACAUAACCUCGAUGGCCAUAGUGCUACUACUAAGCGAACUACCACGAUAGCAAAUGAGUCACCGAAUCUACGACUACCCUCAAUGUACUCUGAUAAUUAUUAUCUAAUUAUGUACUUUGCUCUAGCUGGGAUCAAUCUACUGUUUACGAUAAUGCGUGCGUUCCUCUUCGCAUAUGGAGGUGUUAAGGCUGCCGCAAAAAUUCACAGGGCGUUGUUGAAAGUCAUUGUGAAGGCAAAUGUCAAGUUCUUUGACGUCACACCAACAGGGCGAAUAAUAAAUCGGUUUUCUUCAGACACGUACACCGUUGACGAUUCUCUACCGUUUAUUUUGAAUAUACUGCUAGCACAACUUUUUGGACUAUUUGGUGCGAUAGCGGUAACCAUAUAUGGCCUCCCGUGGUUGUUCAUUGGUAUAUUUCCAAUGACUUUAAUAUACUAUAUGUUACAAAGGCGAUACCGAGUAACGUCUCGACAGUUAAAGCGCUUGCAAAGUGUUGCCCUGUCACCUGUUUACGUCCACUUCAACGACACAUUGGAAGGUCAAAGGAGCGUCCGUGGUUUGGGCGCGGUUAACGCGUGGUGCGCCCGUGGAGAAGAGCUGGUGGAGCGUUGGCAACGUGCAGCCCUUUGCGGCUCGGCGGCAGCACAAUGGCUGGGGCUCAGACUCCAAGCUGCCGCCGCCGCUGCACUCGCCGCUGCCGCCGCACUUGCCGUCUUACAGCGAGCAACGCAUGCGGCCAAUCCGGGUUUGGUGGGACUUGCGAUCUCGUACGCGUUGUCUAUGACGUCAAUGCUGGGUUCCGUCUUGAACUCUUUCACUGAGACGGAAAGAGAAAUGAUUGCGGUAGAGCGAGUGGGUGAAUAUAUACAACAGGUGGAGUUAGAAGAAAUCGACGGUGAUCCGCCGCCGUACGGCUGGCCAUCACACGGUGUCAUCAGUUUUGAGGAUGUUUUUCUCAACUAUAGUGAAAGAAGUAAUGUCGGUGCAUUACGUGGCGUCACUUUCGCCAGCCAUCCGGGCGAGAGGCUUGCGGUAGUAGGCCGGACGGGUGCAGGCAAGAGUUCCCUUUUGCGAGCUAUUCUGCGGUUAGCACCAUGCGCCGGUGGUCGGGUUUUAAUAGAUGGUAUAGAUGUUGCUUUGCUUCAUUUACACGCACUUCGAUCACGAAUCGGCAUAAUACCGCAAGAGCCUUUUAUAUUUUCGGGCAGUAUAAGGGAGAACCUGGAUCCGCUAGAGCAAUAUCUCGAUGAAGAGAUCUGGCAGGCGUUAGAUUCUUGUGGUAUCAGAGAAUUGGUGCAAAGUCGAGGUGGCUUCAAAGCCUCAGCCGACAACCUAUCGAAAGGACACAAGCAGUUGUUGUGUUUGGCACGAGCCGUGAUGCAACGGGCUAAGAUAUUACUUGUUGACGAAGCGACCGCUAACUUAGACCAAGAAUCCGAACGGACGAUAUUAGACACGAUUAGAUGUUCGUUCGUGGGAAGCACAGUUGUGUUUGUGGCGCAUCGAUUAACGGGCGUUCUAGAAUGUUCGCGGGUGCUCGUGCUCUCCGCUGGUCAAGUUGUUGAACUAAGGGAUCCUGAUGAGGCUCUCUCGGACCCCACAUCCUAUCUAUAUAAACUCGUACACCCAGAACAAUAG